AUGACUUCGACCGCUAUAACAUUCUCCGAAGGUCUCGAUGGGCAGGACGAUCACCUCGAUGACCUGCUGUCGCUGUGGGAGCAAGCGCAAGUUUCCUGCAUGGAACCAGCCAGCUCCCCUCAAACGGACCUGAUCAGCUUUGCGCAGGAUGCUGCGUACUUCUCCGUCGUCGACAUCAAGCAUGGGGCUCCAUCUAACGACGGUACCCCUUCCUCUGAGUCCGAGUCGGAUGGCUUUACUAGCGGAAACCCUGGUCCUUCGCAACCGCCCAGAAUGGAGCCUCUCUCCCCUCGACAAGCCGAAGAGACUCAGCGCCUUAUUGAGGAGCUGUUCGACAUCGUCAGAGAUCGCCAGAGCAGAGGAUCUUCGCAGGCGCGGACACCAUCGGAGCCUGAGGAGCUCCCAAAAGGGAUCGCGGGCUUCGUGUACCUGGUCAGCGCUGGAGGAGAUGAGCCUAGGCACAUCCUUAACAUCGGUCUAAGUGCACACCGCGUUCAGGCGCAUGUACUGGGUGGACUGGGCGAAACCGAGGUGCAGGCCGCUCUAGCAUUAUUUGGGAAACUUCUUGUCCGAUGCUGGAGUACUCUCCAAACCGACUCCUCAGCAUGGUACUCAUGGCAGCUCUUCAGAGGCUUCUCUAACGAAGGCACGCGCCGUAUGGCAUUCUGGAUCGCGCUGCAGUCCCAGUGGCGAGAUGUGACGACCAUGGCCAUGCUUGACACCGAGUGGGUUAUUCGUCAAAUAUCACAGCGCGCGUCCUGGAGCACUCCGACGGGACUGUGGGGCGCGCUAUAUGAGAAGCAUGCCAAAGAACGGGAGGACCUUCAACGCUGGGUGCAGAGCUUCGGCACAUACCGGCCUUCAAUGCCUCGAGCAUUGAGCGCCGAGACCGUGCGUAACAUGAUCAACGAUGCUGUCUUAUCCAGCGCGUCCGAGUCCGAGUCCGAGGUGUUCCGAGCGUUGGAGAUAUGCGUAGCCAUGGGCCAUGGCGCACCUCCAUGCGCAGAGGAACAAGGAGUAGAUUAUGUCUACUCUUCGCAAGGUCAUGUUGAUGAGAUCUGA